ACUCCUCCCCAAGGGUGUUGACCUUCACAGUUGCCUUUCAGGAGUCAACAUUCCAGGAUGCCUCCAGUCCGGGAGAAAAUGCUUCCUCCUUUGCUUCUCCCAGCCCACCUCAAGCAGUCUCCCCACACCUUGGGUCUCACGGAGGUUAAAGCUGUUAUUGUUACAGCUUCCUGGGAGCAAGUGCUUUCUCAAGCCCGUCUUGCAAGGUCUUCCACUUUAACACAAUGCUAGUGCCUAAAAAAAUGAGGCUCCUGCUGUUUCUGGUUUCCCAAAUGGCCAUCUUUGCUCUAUUGUUCUACAUGUACAGCCACAACAUCAGCUCGCUGUCUGUGAAGGCGCAGCCAAAGCGCAUGCACGUGCUGGUUCUGUCUUCCUGGCGCUCCGGCUCUUCUUUUGUGGGGCAGCUUUUUGGGCAACACCCAGAUGUCUUCUACCUUAUGGAGCCUGCCUGGCACGUGUGGAUGACCUUCAGGCAGAGCACCGCCAGAACUCUGCACAUGGCAGUGCGGGAUCUGAUACGGGCCAUCUUCUUGUGUGACAUGAGCGUCUUUGAUGCCUACAUGGAACCUGGUCCCCGGAGACAGUCUAGCCUCUUCCAGUGGGAAAUCAGCCGGGCCCUGUGUUCCACACCUGCCUGCAACAUCUUCCCACGAGAUGAAAUCAUCCCCCAGGCUCACUGCAGGCUCCUGUGCAGUCAACAGCCCUUCGAGGUGGUGGAGAAGGCCUGCCGCUCCUACAGCCACGUGGUGCUCAAGGAGGUACGCUUCUUCAACCUGCAGUCCCUCUACCCGCUGCUGAAAGACCCUUCUCUCAACCUGCACAUUGUGCACCUGGUCCGGGACCCCCGGGCCGUGUUCCGUUCCCGAGAACGCACAGAAGGGGAUCUCAUGAUUGACAGUCGCAUUGUGAUGGGGCAGCACGGGCACACACUCAAGAAGGAGGACCAACCCUACUAUGUGAUGCAGGUCAUCUGCCAAAGCCAGCUGGAGAUCUACAAGACCAUCCAGUCCUUGCCCAAGGCCCUGCAGGAACGCUACCUGCUCAUGCGUUAUGAGGACCUGGUCCGAGCCCCUGUGGCCCAGACUUCCCGAAUGUAUGAAUUCGUGGGGUUGGAAUUCUUGCCCCACCUCCAGACCUGGGUGCAUAAUAUCACUCGAGGCAAGGGCAUGGGUGAGCACGCCUUCCACACAAAUGCCAGGAAUGCCCUCAAUGUCUCCCAGGCUUGGCGCUGGUCUUUGCCUUAUGGAAAGGUUUCUCGACUUCAGAAAGUCUGUGGCGAUACCAUGGAUAUGCUAGGCUACCGCCACGUUGGAUCCGAACGAGAACAGAGAAACCUGUUGUUGGAUCUUCUGUCUACCUGGACUGUGCCUGAGCAAAUCCGCUAAGAGGGUUGAGGAGGCUUUGUCCCCACCUGGUGUCAGCCUCAGUCACUUUCUCUAAUGCUUCUGAGCCUUGCCUACAUCUCUGAGCCUUAACUACCUGUCUGUAGGUAUCACAUUGAGUGUGAGUUUUGCCCACACAUGUUCAAGCAGGAUUUUUGUGUCCAUGCUUGUGUCUAGAAAACAGACUCAGGAACUUUAUGUGAGUAGCACCUCCCAUCAGUGCAACAGGGUAUUGCUCUUCUUCUCUUCUUAAUCUUCCUUCUUAAUCAUCUUCCAUUAAGGGUGAUACAGUAUCAGUGGAAUUGAUCAAAAACCUCCCUGUCCACAUCUUGCCCAAUGGGGAAUCUUUCACCAAAAACUUCACCAGUGUUUUCCACAGAGACACAAAUUCUGAGCCCUCGGAGUUCCCGGUGGAUUCAAAAAAGGAAGUGGGGAACAAGGUUGGAUGCCUACUUCUGAGCUUGAACAUCACAGCUAUCAGUUAUCAUAAAUAUGAAACAAAAUCUCUGCACAACAGAGUAAGCUCUUAAGUUCAUGGGGUGCCUGAGCUGCAUUUGAAUGUCAUUUCCCCUCUGCAUUUUCCUAUCACAUAAAAGACUUUGGCUGGUGAAGCUGCCAUCUGUUAAUACUAAAAUUCCAAAAUAAGAUUCUGUUUGGAAUGUCCCUUUUUAUGCUUCUUAAUUACUAGCAGCGAAUAUUCAUUCUUAGGGGAUCCUAACCUAA